UGUCUCCCAGCAAGGUCGGCCCGGUCUUGGGCAGGGCGUUCGGCCUUCAGGAGGUCGCGAGCGCGAUGCCAUUCGUGGAGCGCCUGGAGCGCAGCAGGGGCGCCGGGAGGACUCAGGGCUUCCACACGAGCGCGCACGAGAUAGGAACGCGGAUCUCCUUCGAAGAGUUGCUAAUGAUCGCGCGGAUGGUGCGGGAAUCGCAAUUUCAGAGGUUGGUGGAUGAUAACCCUGAAUUGGCAGUGGUAUCGAGCUUGAAGGACAAGUCGAAGCCGCUAGUUGUGAGAAAGAAGACCACGAGUCCGCCUAGGAUGGUCACGAAGAAUUCUAUUCGAGGGUACAGAAGCCGCCCUACGUCGGCCAAUGUGGACGGCACGGAAUACACAGGCAACAUUGAUCAGAUCGAGAAGACCAUGGUGGACGGCCUCGUCAAGGUGCCGCUGGAUCCUGGAAAGAACACCGUCACCUUCGAGAACCUCAGGCACUACCUGGCUUCCAGAGGGUACACGCCCCUGAAGCAGGUGAUGGUCGAGAUGCUGGAGGAAGUGGUGAGCGGCUGGAGGCAGGACUACGAGCUGGACGCUGCCGAGCUCUUCGAUUUCAUCAUACUGCAGAACCAGCGCGACGGUUUCUGCAAGGCUGAUAUCGUUCGAUUUGAAGAUUUUUUCACCCAGUUUGACAAGGACACCUCGGGAGAGAUCAGCGUUCUCGAGCUCAGCAAGAUGUUGCGCUGGCUCGGUUAUGGGCUGAACAGCUCCGAGUCGCACACGUUGAUUCUGGCAGUGGACGAGGACAACAGCGGCCAGCUCGACGAGCGGGAGUUCUUGCGCCUGCUGAGGCUGAUGCGCGAGAAGGACCUCCAGAAGGUUAGGGGGGUGUUCAACUCCAAGGCGACCAUGCAGGGCAAGAUGCCUGGCAAGAAGAUCGGCGAUGCACUCGCCGCCCUCGACCAGGGUCGGCCUGCCAAUAUGGAGCUCCUGGAAGCAUUUGACAGCUUUUCCUUUGACGACCUUGUGGGGGUGAUCGACUCCAUCCGGGAGGAAUUCGUGCAGAAGGAGCGGAAGAAGGCCGGCUUCACAGAGGACGAGUUGGAGUAUUACGAGGAGGUCUAUGCCUCGUGCGACAGGGACGAGAACGGCGUCAUGAGCGCGCUGGAGCUGCUCGAGGUGCUCGAGACCUUUGGCUGGGCCCCCAGAACCUACGAGCAGCAGUCUGCGCUGGCUGAGCACUUGGAGGAGGCGAAGCGCAAGACCCAAGAAGCAGGUGUCGAGUGCCCGGAAGGCCAGUUCGUCAAUUUCUGGCAGUAUCUGCAGCUAGUGAGGCUGCUGCAGGACGAGAGCGACCGCAAGCAGGAGGAGGACCUGCAGAGCCUGCGGGCCGAGCUCCAGUUCACGGAGGCGGAGGUGGACCAGUUCCGGCAGGUCUUUCGCACGUACGCCAGGAAACGGGUUCCGCGGAUGUUAUCACUAUCGCUUCGACUCGUAUUUUGCAGCAUGAUGCGAUCAAGCGCUUGAUCGCGUCGUUGGGCGUGAAGUUCUCUUGGAAUCUGUCCGAGGUGCUAGAGCGGAAGCUCAAGUCUCUCGACGAUCGCAUGGUCAUCGAUUUCUUCAACUUUCUUCGAUUGAUGCGUUGGCUCCUUGACACCAACUUUGGGUGCGUGAACGAUUCGGUUGAGCAGCAGCUCGUGAAAGAGCGUAAUACUGUCAGGCAGGUGUUCUCGGUGAAGGCAUAAGAGUGGACUUUGCGAAUCAGCGGCACCACUGAGCAGCAGUUCGUGAAGGAGUGGAAGACCGUCGGCCAGCUCGGCCUUGCGCUCUGGUAGAGGGCAGCUGGAUGCUUUCACCUCCAGCAGCCGGCAACAGGGGGGAAGGGGCUGCGGGUGAGCUCCCCGACGCAUGCCAGGUCUCGCUUCCAUGGUCGUGUUGCCCAGCGUAGGCCUCUCAGUCGGUUGAUGGCAACUUCAAGCAGCGAGCGGGAGCAUGUUGGCCUCUUGUUGGUACUCGUCGCCGUCUCCGCCUCCCACUUGCCACGCCCUCCCCAGGGGGCUCCGCCUGGUUGGGUAAAGUCCGGUUUCGCGGCGUCUGGCCGCGCGUUCUGGUGAUGCCGUUGCCGUAGACAGUGUUUAUCAGCAGACGCUCUAGAAACCCGAAGGGGUUUGUCGCCCUGGAGGGCUUGCGGGGGCGUCUCUUUCAGGGCAGCCAAAGUCAAAGCGAUAUUGAUAUUCGACCUUCCCUUCUCGUGUUCCCUGCCUCUUGCCCCCCACCCUGAGGAAGGCGGAGGGAGGGAGAAAGGGGGGGGGGCGGGCGAACCUCAAUAUCGAUGGAAUUUAGGGCUGCUCUGAGUAGCUCAGCCGUGCGGCCAAGCCGAUCGGCGACGCGCUCUCGCCUUUCUCCGCUUGCCUCGUGGAUGGCUGCAGACCUCGGCUAUCGGAGCGGUGAAGAAA